AUGGCUAGCACCAGUGGAACAAAGGGUCCUUUUGAGAUCUCUAGACAACCUUCUAAGAGGAUGAUAAGGGCACCGACAAGGACUGUUGAGUUGCCUAAUGAAGAGAAUAUUAGGGAUAGUGAGAUUGUUCCUUCUUCACUUGCGGUUCUUGUGCCUAUUCUUAGAGCUGCCAUUGAUAUUGAAGUGGAGAAUCCUAGAGUUGCCUAUCUUUGUCGCUUUCAUGCAUUCGAAAAGGCUCAUACGAUGGAUCCAACAUCAAGUGGGCGUGGCGUCCGGCAAUUCAAGACAUAUCUUUUGCACAAGCUCGAAAGAGAAGGGGAGAUAACAGAGAAACAUACUAAAAGAACUGAUGCCAGGGAGCUACAAAGUUACUACCAAACUUUCUACGAGACUAAAAUCCGGGAUGGUGAAUUUACUAAAAAACCGGAGGAGAUGGUUAGGAAUGUUCAGAUUGCCACCGUGUUGUAUGAAGUACUGAAGACUUUGGUAACUCCGCAAACUAUUGAGGAGAAGACAAAAAGAUAUGCUGCGGAUGUUGAGAAGAAGAAGGGACAGUAUGAGCAUUAUAAUAUCCUUCCAUUAUAUGCUGUUGGUGCUAAACCGGUGAUCAUGGAACUUCCCGAGAUCAAAGCUGCAAUUGCUGCUUUAAGUAAGGUUGAUAAUCUUCCAUUGCCGUUGAUUCACUCAAGACCUGAUAAUGAUGAUUCUACAAUGCCUAUGGAGAGGGUUAAAAAUGUGAAUGAUAUACUUGAUUGGAUUGCCUCAAUUUUUGGGUUUCAGAAAGGAAAUGUGGCAAAUCAAAGGGAGCAUCUUAUAUUACUACUUGCCAACAUGGAUAUAAGGAACAGGUCUGCAUCUUAUGAGAUCCGUGAAGAAACUGUUGAGAAGUUGAUGGCUACAACUUUCAAAAAUUAUGAAUCAUGGUGUCAAUACGUGCGUUGUAAAUCAAAUAUUAGGUAUGGAGUUGGUCAUGACAAACAACAAUUAGACCUGAUCUACAUUGCACUUUAUCUUCUAAUAUGGGGAGAAGCUUCAAAUAUUCGCUUUAUGCCCGAAUGCCUUUGCUAUAUUUUCCAUCACAUGUGCAAUGAUGUCUACGGGAUUUUAUAUAGCAACGCCAUUCAAGUGAGUGGAGAUGAAUAUCAAAUAGUAACGCGUGAUGAUGAACAUUUUCUGAGGGAAGUUAUAACACCUUUAUACGAUGUUUUAAUGAAGGAAGCAAAGAGAAGUAACAAAGGCAAGGCAAGUCACGCCAAUUGGAGAAACUAUGAUGAUCUUAACGAAUACUUUUGGUCUGACAAAUGUUUUAAGCUAAAUUGGCCAAUGAAUCUCAACUCGGAUUUUUUUAGGCAUAAUGAGACACAAACAGCAAAUCAGGGCCGGGGCCGGGGCCAAACAACCACUGGAGCUGGGAAGAAGAAGCCUAAAACAAAUUUUGUUGAAGUUCGUACAUAUUUGCAUCUUUAUAGAAGUUUUGAUCGAAUGUGGAUUUUCUUUAUAUUGGCUUUACAGGCAAUGAUUAUAAUUGCUUGGAGUAACUUGGGACUUAUUGGAGUGCUUACCGAUGAUGAUGUCUUCAGAAAUGUUUCCAGUAUAUUUAUUUCAUAUGCUAUUCUCAAUUUCUUUCAAGUAACUAUUGAUAUUAUUCUCGUCUGGAAUGCAUUGAGGAACAUGAAGUUCACUCAGUUGCUUCGGUAUUUCCUGAAGUUUGUCGUAGCAGCGGUUUGGGUUGUUGUUUUGCCAGUGAGUUUUCGUAGUUCUCUUCAGAAUCCAAGCGGUCUUAUAGAAUUUGUCACCCACUGGGCUGGGGACUGGGGGCCCGGGUCUCUCUAUUACUAUGUUGUUGCGAUAUAUAUGAUACCAAACAUAGUGGCUGCAAUACUAUUUUUCCUUCCACCCAUGCGGAGAACAUUGGAGCGCUCGAAUAUGCGAAUCGUUACCCUUUUAAUGUGGUGGGCUCAGCCGAAGUUGUAUGUUGGUCGGGGCAUGCACGAGAGCAUGUUUUCACUGAUUAAGUACACGCUCUUUUGGAUCAUGCUUCUAAUUAGCAAGCUCGCAUUCAGUUACUAUGUUGAGAUAUCACCUCUUGUUGAACCAACAAAAUUGAUCAUGGCAAUGCAUAUCGAUAACUACCAGUGGCAUGAAGUCUUUCCAGAGAACGAUAUUCACAAUUUAAGUGUUGUAAUUUCAAUAUGGGCUCCAAUUAUCCUGGUUUAUUUUAUGGAUACUCAAAUAUGGUAUGCCAUUUAUGCCACUUUGUUUGGUGGGAUUAUUGGAGCCUUCAGCCAUUUGGGGGAGAUAAGGACACUUGGAAUGCUCCGCUCGAGAUUUCAAUCUGUACCACUAGCUUUCAGUGAAAGCUUUUGGACUGGAAGAAACAGAAAGAAUAUACAAGAGGAAUCGGAUGAUGCUUAUGAGCGUGAUAAUAUUGCAUACUUCUCUCAGGUUUGGAAUGAAUUUAUAAAUUCUAUGAGAGAAGAAGACCUCAUCGGUAACAGGGAUAGAGAUUUGCUUCUUGUUCCAUACAGUUCAGUCGAUGUUUCUGUCAUCCAGUGGCCUCCAUUCUUGCUUGCUAGCAAGGACAAUUACUAUGAAGAAGCUUUCAAAAUGAGAAAUGUAUUGGAAGAAUUUCACGCGCAUAAAGGGCAAAGGAAACCAACUAUAUUGGGUCUAAGAGAGCAUAUAUUUACAGGAAGUGUUUCGUCCCUUGCUUGGUUUAUGUCGAACCAGGAGACCAGCUUUGUGACCAUUGGCCAACGUGUUUUGGCAAAUCCUUUAAAGGUUCGAUUUCAUUAUGGCCAUCCCGAUAUAUUCGACAGAAUCUUCCACAUAACAAGAGGUGGCAUAAGCAAAGCAUCAAAAACUAUCAACUUAAGCGAGGAUAUAUUUGCAGGGUACAACUCAACUCUUCGUCAAGGAUAUAUUACACAUCACGAGUACAUACAAGUUGGUAAGGGGCGAGAUGUUGGUCUGAAUCAGAUUUCACUCUUUGAGGCUAAAGUUGCAAAUGGAAAUGGAGAACAAACUCUUUGCCGUGACGUUUAUCGUCUCGGCCGAAGAUUUGACUUCUUCAGAAUGCUGUCGUUCUACUUCACAACAGUUGGGUUCUAUUUCAGCAGCAUGAUUACCGUGCUUACGGUGUACGUGUUCUUAUACGGACGUGUAUAUAUGGUAUUGAGUGGAGUCGAGAGAGAAAUUAUUCAAAGUCCGGAUAUACAUCAGAGCAAAGCCCUCGAACAAGCCUUGGCAUCUCAGUCUGUAGUUCAGUUGGGUUUGCUUCUGGUGCUUCCCAUGGUUAUGGAAAUCGGUUUGGAGAAGGGAUUUCGCACGGCCUUAGGUGAUUUCAUCAUCAUGCAACUUCAGUUAGCCUCUGUGUUCUUUACUUUCCAGCUUGGAACAAAAGCUCAUUAUUACGGACGCACACUCUUGCAUGGAGGCUCUAAAUAUAGGCCAACAGGUCGCGGAUUUGUCGUCUUCCAUGCAAAGUUUGCUGAUAACUAUCGGAUGUACUCACGAAGUCACUUUGUGAAGGGCCUCGAAAUACUUAUACUGCUGAUCAUUUACGAGAUCUAUGGAGAGUCUUACCGUAGCUCAACUCUUUAUUUCUUCAUCACAAUGUCAAUGUGGUUUUUGGCCAUUUCUUGGUUAUUUGCUCCGUUCUUGUUCAAUCCUUCUGGUUUUGAUUGGCAAAAAACGGUGGACGAUUGGACGGAUUGGAAGCGAUGGAUGGGAAACCGUGGUGGUAUUGGUAUUCCGUCGGAUAAAAGCUGGGAAUCUUGGUGGGAUGAAGAGAAUGAACACCUGAAAUUCUCAAAUGCCAGGGGGAAAAUACUCGAGAUUCUUCUCGCAUGUCGCUUCUUUAUCUACCAAUAUGGAAUCGUCUACCAACUGAAUAUUGCGCGUCGUAGCAAAAGUCUUCUGGUAUUUGCACUUUCAUGGGGAGUUUUAGUUAUAGUCCUUAUCGUCUUAAAGAUGGUUUCCAUGGGUAGACGGAGAUUUGGCACCGACUUUCAGCUCAUGUUUCGUAUUCUCAAGGCGCUUCUGUUUCUCGGCUUCUUGUCAGUAAUGACAGUGUUAUUCGUUGUGUGCGCGCUUACUGUAUCAGAUUUGUUUGCUUCCAUUCUCGCCUUCAUGCCCUCCGGAUGGGCCAUUAUUCUGAUUGCGCAAACAUGUAGGGGACUCUUGAAGUGGGCGAAACUAUGGGCUUCGGUGAAAGAGCUUUCGAGAGCAUAUGAAUAUGUAAUGGGACUAAUAAUCUUCAUGCCAACAGCAGUUUUGUCAUGGUUCCCAUUUGUGUCGGAGUUCCAAACUCGGUUGUUAUUCAAUCAAGCAUUUAGUCGAGGACUUCAGAUUUCGAUGAUUCUUGCCGGAAAGAAAGACACUUACAACAAAGCCGAAUGA